UAGGGGUGGUGAACCUUGGAAGACACAUACCCCUCAGUUUCUAAAACCAGCAACUUCUUGUCAGCAAAACCCCACUUUGAAUAGGAGAAUUCACUGAACCCAACCAUUUCUUGCUUUCUCUCUCUAACAUUUCCUAUGAAAUGAAUGAAUGUUUAAAAUUAAAAAAAAAAAAAGAAAUAAUAAAUAGUAAUAAUUAUACAAAUACAGUGCAAGAAACCAACACCCAUCAAAAUAAUUCUUCUCCAUUUAUUCUGACAACAUACAAACUUUCUUUUCACCUUCCCCAUUCUUUCUUUUCUUUCAGUUAAAGAGAGAGAUAGAAGAAAGAAAGAGAUCUAAAUAUGAGCAGAGGAAGAAUUUGAUUUCAUAGAAACUCUCUUGAGAAUCAAAAGUUGAUUGUGCAUUAUCAUUUAUCUUUCUUCUUCUUCUUUUCUAUUUUUUUUUCUCUUGCCUUAUUUGGAAUCGGCAUCAAAAGCUAGACCAUAUUUGUGUUCUUCUUGACAGUUGGGUAAUUAGAGACGAAGUUUCUUGGUACGGAUAAUUGAAGGCAGCUGGAUUCUCUUGAAACAGGAAGAUAGAAACAAGAUUAUAUAGAAUAUAAAGAAUGGUUAAAAGAGUCGUACAUUGUUGUUCUUGGUGGAAUUUCAAAUCAUUUCUGUCUUUCUUGUAAAUUUGGCUUUAAAUCUGGCACAUAUUUCUUGCAAAUUUGAAGCACCAAUUGUCCACAUUUUGAUCUAAGAGGAAGAAUUAGGGUUCUGAAAGAAACACAAUUUUCUUGGAAGUUUAACAAGUGUUAAUUGUGGGUUUUGAAGGUCAAAGGCUUGUUUGAUUUUCUUGAUCUGAGAACAGCAGAUAAUUUCAAGAAACCAAGGGGCAGUUCUGUUGCAUUGUGGAAUACUUGAAAAAUUUUAGGGGUUUUGGGGAUUUCAUGAUUAAAUGAGUUUUGGGAAAUCUGAAACAGAUUCCAGAUUUUCAAGAAGUGCCAUAAUCAAUCUUCAAGAACAUUGUUCAAGCAAAAUUAUGGGUUCAAGAGCAAGAAAACCAACUACUGCAAUUUCUUCACAAUCAUCACCACCACCACCACCUCGAUUUAGAGUAGUAGAGCAAAAGAAAAUGGAGUAUCAAAGAUCUCUUUCAUCACAAGGUAGUGCAAGAAGAUUGUUGCCUUCAAGUUAUUUUAGUUUGGAGUCAUUGCUAUUGCUAAUAUGUCUUACAGCUUCUCUUUUGAUCCUUCCUCUGAUACUUCCACCAUUGCCACCACCACCUUUCUUGUUGCUUUUGCUUCCCAUAGGCAUAUUAGGUGUUCUGAUGAUCUUAGCUUUUAUGCCUACUAAUGCAAGGGAUAUAACUUAUACAUAUGUGUAAAUGGUGUUUUAGAAACAAAGAAAGAAAAAGGAAAAUGCGCCUGUUUUUUCUUUCUUACAUUACAUACAAAUUUUGUAUUUUUGUCUUCUAAAUGUUGAAAAAAAAAAGAGAUAGCAGUUCUUUUAUUUCUUAAUUAAGGCUCAUUUUGUUAUAUCUUUAUGCUUAUUAAUAUUGUAUUUGAUAUUUUUA